UAGAAAAGACAAUGUUGUUUUAGGAGCUACGACGAAUGUCCCUUGAACAUAACUGUUUUGGACUUUUUAUACAAUUUCACUGUGCCUGAUUUGGAAAUAACAUGGCCAUGCGAAGCACGCUUUUAUUGGUUGUCGUUGCAACCAUUUGUUAAAUUCGUAAGAUUUUUACUCAGCUAUGGGACUCCAUUUAUUAUAAUCGUUGGUAAGAAGGUAGCAAAUUGUAAUUGACAUAAUAUGAAGGAUAAAUCAUCGUCUAACGUCGUAAAAGUUAUAUUACAUUGUACAGGGAUUAUAUUAAAUACCAUAUCCUUUGCAAUAUUGAAUACGCCAGUGUCGUCCGACUCGAGCUUAUCGUUAUAUCUAAAGGUCCUUGCUAUAUCCGACAAUGGUGCAUUGAUAUUUAAUUAUGCAGUAGGUUUAGCGAAAUCACAUUUUACAUUUGUCAAUGAUCUUUUCAUGAACAGUCAAUUUCUCUGCGACACAAAUUCCAUAACAAUGGAACUUUUUCAAUUUACGUCCACUUGGUUGGUCGUAUCGCUCACAUGGGCUCGCGUCAUAGCGAUUAUUUUCCCAUUUGGGGCACAUAAUAGUAAUCCUGAACGUUCCGCGAUUAUAAGUAUUACUACUCUGGCAUGUGUCAGCUUUGUAAUAUCGUUAACAAAGUUAUAUUCUGGAGGAUAUGAAAUGGACAGUGUUUUUGAAUUUAUACCAUGCCAAAAGAAAAUCAAACCUUGGGGUAGCGCUAUGUAUUUUUAUAUUGCAUUGUCAACAUGGUUACCAUUAAUUUUUAUAUUUAUUGGCAACGCGUUGUUAGUUGCACAUAUGAAAAAAUUGGAUACACUUCGCAGACAAUUAACCCGCAGUUUCUCUCAAAAGAUCAAUAAAACGAAUAAAACGAGCAGAACUUUACUGGCAGUCUCAAUGGUAUAUUUAAUUUUGCUAUUACCACUUGGAAUAGUUGAAACUUUAGAGCUCUACUGGGACGUGAUAUUGAUCAAAUAUCCAGAAAGGAAUAUGAAGGAAAACAAGGAUUAUAUAAAUUGGUUAGAAGAGAAAAUGUUGUUAAAGUGGUGUCGUGGACUGUUCUUUCACAUAUAUCAUUGGAAUUUUGCAAGUAAUUUCUUUUUGUAUUGUCUUACGGGGGAAAAGUUUCGAGGGGUUUUGAUAGAAAAAUUAAAGAAUUGCAAAGUCACAUUAACUUCGAAAAUAUCGCCAAAGCGUCUUCGAUGGUGCAAUAGCGACGAUCGAUUAAAAUCGAUACGAACUCCGAGUAUAUUACUUAUCAAAGUUGUCACGUUCGAUGAAUCUUCCAUUAAUGAUAACGUUACUGGCCAACAUAAUAAUAAUGACGUUUCAUCGAUCACCUGAUCUUGACUAGUCGAAUUGAAAUAUUUCUAGUUCAACGAUCAAAGACUGCCAUAACUGAGAACUGAAGAUAAUUAUUUCAAUGAUUAGCUCCAAAUCCAAUGUGUGUUCUAUUUAGAUUAAUAGUGAUAUGUAAUACAAGAUACAAGUGAUUAUUUCACGAUAUGGACAAUUUAUUUCCAUUAUUAUUUUAUUUUUACAUGAGAAAUUUCUAUACGAAUGUAGUAAAAUAUCACAAUAUAUGUCGUCAUUAUUUAAUUUUUAACAUCGAUUUAUGGAUUAUGUUGAAGAUACGUUAAUUUUACAUUAUCACCCUAGCAGAUAUUCCUAAUCUUUUUUUUUGUCGUAACUAAUUCGGCAAAGAAAAUUUCUGGUCCCGAUGUAGAUUCCUAAACUGGAUACGUUCUUCUUUUCUUUUUUUCUUUUUACAUUGGAGCUAUUAAGAAAAAGAAAAAAAAAAAAAAAAAAAAAAGGGGAAAGAAAGAAAAAAAGAAAAUGGCAAUUUCGUAUCCGUUAUAUCAUAACUUGAUAAUUUAAUACCUGGUGAUUUUAAUUAAUAUUUUCACAUCGUUUAAUUAUAUUGACAUUAUAUACCGUUGUUAUUUACUAUAUAGUUGAUUACAAUUAAUUACUUGCAGAAUAUUAUUCUUCCUGUUUUAUAUACUGAAAUAAAUAAAACAUGAAAUUCAUAAAGACUAUGUAUUCUACUCGUAUAUACCUAACUGGUAUCACUCUUUGUCUGGUAACUGAAGUAAAACAAAUUUC